CCUCCUGCGGAAGCCGGGAGACCCCGGGUGCGCGGGGUGUGUGCGUGGCGGGGGGCGUCCAGGGCUAGUUUUGCACCGCAAGGAGGAGUGCGAGUGCGUGUGCGAGCACGAGUGAGGGGCCGCAGGGGUGUCUCCUGGACCCCGCAGGACGCGCCGCUGCCCGCCGAGCGCCCCGCGCUCUCCCCGUCGGUCGGGCCCGCGGCGGCUGCCACCCUGCCCGGCGGUCACGUGCGGACGACGGCCCGGCCGGGACUCCGGCACCGACCCCGCCUUCGCCUUCGCCUUCGCCGCCGCCGCAGCAGCACCCCGAGAGUAACCAAGAGGGCAAGAGGAGACAGAGAAGAAGAGAGAAGCAGACCCUUGCAGUGCUCAUCACCCCCUGUGAAGCUUUUCCUGUGCAGCACUUUCAUCUGGACCUUUCCUGCCUGCUGAACAGAUGCUUGAGGCCUGCAGGUAGUCUCCAGACGGCAACGCACCUGCGGCACCAUCCUUCCUGCCGGCUGCGGCUGCUAGGAGCCCAUGCGCUGGAACAAUGAACGGGGAACAGCAGCCUGAUGCAGAUGCUGGAUCUGGAGUGGAGGAGGUGGAGCUGAACUGGGAAGAUUACCUGGAAGAGACGGGCUCUACGGCAGCACCUUAUGGGUCUUUUAAGCAUGUGGACACGCGUCUGCAAAAUGGCUUUGCUCCUGGGAUGAAAGUGGAGGUGACAGUGAAGACGGACCCUGAAACCUACUGGGUGGCGACCGUCAUAACCGCCUGUGAGCAGCUGCUGCUCCUCCGCUACGCUGGCUACGGGGAGGACAGGCGGGCGGACUUCUGGUGUGACAUCAGGAAGGCCGGCCUCUACCCCAUUGGCUGGUGCGAGCAGAACAACAAGACCCUCGAAGCCCCAGAAGGCAUCAGAGACAAAGUACCAAACUGGGGGGAGUUUCUGCAGCAGACCCUGGUUGGAGCAUGUAGUCCACCUGUCUCACUGCUAGAGGGCCUUCGUAAUGGGAGGAAUCCUUUAGAUCUCAUUGCUCCUGGCUCCAGACUAGAAUGUCAAGCUUCCCGGGACUCUUUAAGCACUUGGAUCGUUACCGUAGUAGAAAACAUUGGGGGGAGACUGAAACUGCGUUAUGAAGGGCUUGAGAGUUGUGACAAUUUUGAACAUUGGUUGUAUUACUUGGAUCCAUUUCUUCAUCAUGUUGGCUGGGCUGCUCAACAAGGCUAUGACCUCCAGCCCCCAUUAGCCAUCAGACAUCUUAAAAAUGAAGCUGAAUGGCAAGAGAUCUUGGCCAAAGUGAAAGAAGAGGAGGAAGAGCCAACACCAUCCUACUUAUUUAAGGACAAACAAGUUAUUAGCACUCAUUUAUUCUCUGUAAAUAUGAAAUUGGAAGCGGUGGACCCUUGGUCUCCUUUUGGAAUCUCUCCUGCUACAGUUGUUAAGGUUUUUGAUGAAAAGUACUUUCUGGUGGAAAUGGAUGAUUUACGACCAGAGACUCGUGCACGGCGAUCUUUCGUGUGUCAUGUCGACAGUCCUGGUAUUUUCCCAGUGCAGUGGAGCCUCAAGAAUGGUUUACAUAUCAGCCCCCCUCCUGGAUACCCUGGCCAGGACUUUGAUUGGGCCGACUACCUCAAACAGUGUGGUGCUGAAGCUGCUCCUCAGAGGUGCUUUCCUCCGUCAGUGUCUGAGCAUGAAUUUAAGGAGAACAUGAAGCUUGAGGCAGUGAACCCCCUUCUCCCUGAAGAAGUGUGUGUCGCCACCAUCACUGCAGUGAGAGGUUCUUACCUGUGGCUCCAGCUGGAGGGUUCUAAGAAGCCCAUACCUGAAUGUAUUGUGAGUGUGGAUUCCAUGGACAUAUUUCCUCUGGGCUGGUGUGAAACCAACGGCCAUCCGCUCAGCACUCCUCGACGAGCACGUGUGUGCAAGCAGAGGAAAAUUGCAGUGGUUCAGCCAGAAAAACAAAUACCAUCGUCAAGGACUGUCCGUGAAGGCCUGAAGAGUCAGGAGCUGAACUCCCCAGAUGCAGUCAUGAUUAAUGGAAAAUAUUGCUGUCCAAAGAUAUACUUCAACCACCGUUGCUUCUCAGGGCCGUAUCUUAACAAAGGAAGAAUUGCCGAGCUUCCUCAGUGUGUAGGACCCGGGAAUUGUGUUUUGGUCCUUAGAGAGGUCCUCACACUGCUUAUCAACGCAGCCUAUAAGCCCAGUCGUGUCCUUCGGGAGCUGCAGCUGGACAGAGACUCUGUGUGGCAUGGAUGCGGGGAAGUCCUCAAGGCCAAAUACAAAGGAAAAAGUUACCGGGCUACUGUUGAGAUAGUCAAAACAGCAGACCGGGUAACUGAAUUCUGUCGUCAGACCUGCAUCAAACUGGAGUGCUGUCCUAAUCUCUUCGGUCCUCGGAUGGUUCUGGAUAAGUGUUCUGAGAACUGCUCUGUACUCACAAAGACCAAAUACACACACUAUUACGGGAAGAAGAAAAAUAAAAGAAUCGGGAGGCCACCCGGUGGGCAUAGUAACUUAGCAUGUGCCCUGAAAAAAGCCAGUAAGAGGAGGAAGCGGCGGAAAAAUGUUUUUGCUCAUAAGAAGAAACGGUCCCCUGCAUCUGUUGAUAAUACCCCUGUGGGCUCUCCCCAGGGAAGUGGCGGGGAAGAGGAGGAUGACCCCGAUGAAGGGGACGAGGACUCCCUGAGCGAGGGCAGCACCUCUGAGCAGCAGGACGAGCUGCAGGAAGAGUCCGAAAUGUCAGAGAAGAAGUCCUGCUCCUCGUCCCCCACCCAGAGCGAGCUGUCCACCUCACUGCCUCCAGACAGACAGGGGAGGAAACGAGACCUUCGCACCUUCUCAUUUUCCGACGAUGAGAACAAACCUCCUUCACCAAAGGAAAUAAAGAUUGAAGUUGCUGAAAGACUUCACCUGGACAGCAACCCUCUGAAGUGGAGCGUGGCAGACGUCGUGCGGUUCAUCAGGUCCACCGACUGUGCUCCGUUGGCGAGAAUAUUCCUAGACCAGGAAAUUGACGGGCAGGCCCUGUUGCUCCUCACCCUGCCUACUGUUCAAGAGUGCAUGGACUUAAAACUGGGCCCUGCCAUCAAACUUUGCCAUCACAUAGAGAGGAUCAAGUUUGCUUUUUAUGAGCAGUUUGCCAACUGAGGAGGACAACCAAAGUGAGCUGUAUGUCUGCAGCACGAAUGCAGCAAGCCCUUCACCUGCUCUCCAAGUGGGGCUGAAGCGGUCCUGGGGCGGGGGCCCUGCAGGAGUCAGCUCGCUCUCUUUGCACUUUCAGGGAAGGUGGGCCCACACUGAGGAAGCAAAACUGCGCACACGCGGCUUUCCUGCCAGUGGGACUGGGCACCUCUCGGUCCGCAGAUUGCAGUUUUUGAAAAAUCAAGUUUGUGAAGAAAAGAGUCUUGCAUAAGAAGAACGAGCAUUUCCAGUGAGGUGGCCCGGAGACGGAGAAGAGCCUAGGCUGUUGCCAAGCACCCUGUGGGCUUUCUUCUUGUUUUGCUCCUUCCCACUCUAGACUGAACUCUGUUCUCUGCUUUCUCUUUCUCGGAAAGAGAGGACGCAGCUUUACAUUAGCACUGACUUGGGACUCUGCCUCAGGCACGUCAGUGCUUCAUUUUUGUGUUUUUAAGCUUUUUAAAAUUAAAACAGUUCAUUUGGGGGAUGAUGACGUGACUCUAGGGCUUUGACUGUACAGUCACACUUUGAUCCAUUUAAAAAUCUAUUCUUACAAAUUCCUUUGUUUACUACCUCUGUUAAUAGUCGAGCUUAUAACCAUGUAUGAGGUUUUUUUGUAGUAUGCCAUUUUUAAGCUACACGAAUACUAAGCAACAGCGACAAGUCAAA